GUCACCGUCAAAAGCAGUGGAGCGUCACGAUGGUACAGCCACUACAUUGUAUAAAUGGUUAACUGGAUAUUGAAGUCUUGUAGGCCUACUAAGAUGACGGAGCACUGCUAGCUGAGGUCCCAUGGAGCUGUACCAAUGUCUUCUGCUGACGUGUAUCUUCAUUCUAUUCAUCAGAGAGAGUCUCCAGGGCCAGCACGAGCGCCAGUUGCUGAAGGCGCUGUUUGAGGAGGGCAACUACAGCAAGCUGGAGCGGCCAGUGGACAACGACACGGACCCCAUAGACGUCAAGUUUGGCAUCAUCCUACAGCAGAUCAUUGACGUGAGCGAAAGAAGUGAAAGCCUCACAACCUCUCUUUGGCUUAGACUGCUCUGGAAAGCCUCCAACUUAAAAUGGAACAAAGAGGAUUAUGGGAACGUUUCCAGCAUCCGAGUCCCCAAGCAUAUGGUGUGGGUGCCAGACAUCUUGCUGUACAACAGUGCCAGUGAUGACUUCGACAACACCUACCCCACCAAUGUCGUCAUCAACAGCGAGGGGGAGUGUCUCUGGGUCCCCCCGGGCAUGUUCAAGAGCACGUGCGCCAUUGACAUCACGUGGUUCCCGUUCGAUGACCAGCGGUGUGAGCUCAAGUUCGGAUCAUGGACACACGAGGGGCGGUUGCUGAACCUUAAGCAAGACAACGACACGGGGGGCGACAUCAGCAAUUUUAUCAGGAAUGGGGAGUGGAUGCUCAUAGGUGUGCCAGUCAAGCGUAACGUCCUCGCCUACGAAUGUUGUCCGGAGUUCUACAUCGACCUGACCUUCACCAUCCACAUCCGACGCCGGACCUUGUACUACGGCUUCAACAUCAUCAUCCCGUGCGUGCUCAUCUCCUCCCUCACCCUCCUCCUCUUCAUCUUACCGCCCGACGCGGGGGAGAAGAUUUCCUUAGGUGUGACCAUCUUGCUAUCUCUGAUGGUGUUUCUGCUACUAGUGGCUGAAACAAUGCCGCCCACUUCUGAUGCUGUUCCACUCAUAGGCAUCUACUUCGCUUGUAUCAUGGUCAUGUGUUCCCUGUCCAUUGUUUUCACUGUCAUAGUGCUCAACUUCCACUAUCGCUCUCCUGAAACACAUACUAUGCCUAAAUGGGUGAAAUAUUCCGUGUGUGGCUGGUUGGCGUGGCUGUUGAGGAUGAAGCGGCCAGGCGGAAGUACCACCAUCAGGUCACUGAGUCAGCGCGCGCAAGUCAAGGACAUCAAGCUGGAGGAGAAGUCCCGCAGUCUGAUGGCCAACGUGCUGGACAUGGAGGAUGAUCCCAGGAUGGUCAACGGCAACACCGCCGGCUUUCUGCUCAAAAUGGAAGAAGGGAUGGGGAUGGCGUCAUCAUCCCUACGUCACGACAUCACGUCCAUCCUGCGAGAGUUGAAGAAAAUCACGAGCAAGUACCGGAAGUGCGAGGAGGAGGAGGACGUGAGGAACGACUGGAAGUUUGCUGCCAUGGUCAUGGACCGGCUGUGUUUCAUCGUCUGCAUCGUCUUCACCGUCGGCUCCACCCUGGCGAUUCUCAUCUCAGCUCCCAACUUGCUGACCUAGUCGUCUGCU